CUUGCUUCUUAUAACAUUUAGCUUCUAUUUUAGGUGCCUUAUUACCAGUUCCAGAUCAGUAUUACUAUGGAGCCUAAACAUGGUGUUUCAACCACUAGCUUUUCUUCCACGAAAACACUUGUUCGUGAAGGGGAAUCAAUACCGCAAGACAAUAAUAAGUCGAUAAGCUCAACGAUCGAAGAGGAUCUGUUGCAGCAAAAUAAAUCCGAGAAGGAAAAGACCAAGGGCACAUCUACCGACAAAAGUACCACUACCGAUGGCGACCUACCCACGGUUAAGAUGGACAAAAUACUACAGCAACAGCGGGCCGAACUCUUGUGGAAGACGUUCACGGAUGAGGAGUACAGCGACUGGAAAACGUUCAAGGACAGUAACUACAAGGUCCCGCUGCUUUCUGUUUUCUCCUACGUCAAGAGUAAACCCUUCAUAGCUGAAAUACCCAAUUUGCCGCCCAAGAUAUCGGGGCCGCAAUUGAUGACCAAUAUUCUUAAGAGCAACUAUGGCGCCCUCGCCCUCGUUCAGAUCGGAGAGAACAAAUUCAAAUGCAUUCCCUGCCUGCUCAGGUGCUUCUCGGUGUGGUUUGGUAUACGCGACUGGCGGAUAACCCGGUUCAAGUUCAAGGAGAGAGAGGUGCCUUCCGGCGGCUUCAAGGUCGUCUACGAAUGGAUGCGCACCAACAAACUGCCUGAAUUCGACGAACUGGUGCCCGCUCUCCAAGUCGCGUGCCACUUGAAGGUAACCCUGCUGGAGAAGGAAAUCUGGCAGAUCCUGUCCGAUGAGUCUGUGCGGGAGAAGGUUGCCUUCCUGGUCUACCUGGGCGCAAGGCGGAUGCCGGCGCUCGGCGCGCUCUGCGAAGCUAUGCUGUUCCGGUUGAGGAAAUACUUCCUGGCGCUGGUGGGUAGCCCACACUUCGUGCGUCUGAAAGUGGACGUUCUGGAAAUGUUACUGCGCCAGGACUCGAUCGGUGUUAAUUCGGAGAUGGAGGUGUUCUUUGCCGUGAUACGUUGGCUGGGGCACUCUCGCGGCCGUAAGCGCCGGGAGCACUUUCAGCGUCUGAUGAAGUGCGUCCGCUUUCACCAUAUGCCAAUGACUUUUUUGUUUAGCCUGCGCGAGUCUUUCAACCAUCCGGAGAAGUUUGACCUCUUUAGCAAGGAACCCGGGAUGUUGGCAUUCAAUACGGACCCGGAGAUGAUGGAAUUGCUGGAGCACGCUAUAUACUUUAUCAGUGUGCGCACCCAGUGCGAUGAUAUCAACGAGUUUUUGUCCACCUGCGAAAGCCACCACAUAGAAGUGGUCUUACCACGUUGGUGGGUCUAUCACGUCAAUUGCCCGUUCCACCUACGCACCAUUGACUUCCCAUACCAGCACCGCUUCACAGCCACGGAUUUUGGCGACUACAUUGACAGCAUCCAGAAGGUAUGGUCUGGCAAGGGGCCGCCGGACGACGGAAAGGACCUGGUUAUCGACCUGGCUCUAGAUCCUCUGCGAGGCGGGCAGGUGGAUGGAAAGGCCAAAGAGUGAUAUAAUCUAUAUUUCAUAUUUUCUUACUGCUUCUUAAAAUUGUUUUCGAAGUGGGUCACCUCUUUUUCGAACUCUCGUUUAAAUUAAAGUUGUUUAACCAAUCGGCUUAG